AUGACCGAAGUAAACACAAAAUCAGAAAACGGUACUGUGGUUCAAGGCGUUGAAGAGCUACACCAGACCGCAGUACCAAAAUUUGAUGGAACCGACACAAAUGUUGUGAGAAAUUCAGGAGGUGAGAUUCUCACUAAACUGAAGGGGUAUGACUUCUAUCGCAAUGUACUGAAUUCUGCAAAGAUGAUUGUGGCACCGAUGGUGAAUCACUCAGAGUUGGCGUGGAGGAAACUCAGUCGGAAUUACAACGCAGAUUUGUGCUACACUCCUAUGUUCCAUGCAG